AUGAGAAGAAAAGACAGCAACAGAGCCAAGUUGAAGAACAGGGUUGUUUUGGUGCUAGACUUGGCCAUAUCGUCUGUAAUUGUCGUGAUGUUUGAAACGAUUCGCCACCUCGCAUGGGUUGUAGUUCGAGCUGGUAUAAGUGCAUCUAGAGCAAAGAAAGCAAGAGAUGGGCUCACAGAAGGCAGAAGAUUUACCAUGAAGCCAAACAGUAGAAAUUCCAAUAAAAAUAAGGAGUAA